GAGUGUAUUACCUCUCCCUGGAGUUUUACAUGGGUCGCACCUUGUCCAACACCAUGGUCAACCUUGGAAUCCAGAGCUCCUGUGACGAGGCCAUGUACCAGCUUGGCCUUGACAUUGAGGAGUUGGAGGAAAUAGAAGAGGAUGCUGGUCUAGGAAAUGGAGGUCUGGGUCGUCUGGCUGCUUGUUUUCUUGACUCCAUGGCAACCCUUGGUUUAGCUGCCUAUGGUUAUGGUAUCAGAUAUGAUUAUGGUAUCUUUGCUCAGAGGAUUGAGAACGGUUGGCAGGUAGAGGAGCCUGAUGAGUGGUUGAGAUAUGGUAAUCCAUGGGAGAAGGCAAGGCCAGAGUAUGUGCUGCCUGUCAACUUCUUUGGUAGAGUUGAAGAGAAGGACGGCAAGAAGAAAUGGGUGGACACACAGGUUGUGUUUGCUAUGCCAUAUGACAACCCAAUCCCAGGGUAUGGUAACAAUACUGUGAACACCAUGAGACUAUGGUCAGCCAAGGCUCCAAACAGCUUUAACCUUAGAUUCUUCAAUGAUGGAGAGUACAUUAACGCUGUAUGUGAUAGAAAUCUGGCAGAGAAUAUCUCCCGUGUACUAUACCCUAAUGAUAAUUUCUUCGAAGGUAAAGAGUUGAGAUUGAAACAGGAAUACUUCCUGGUAGCUGCCACCCUUCAGGACAUUAUACGAAGGUUUAAAUCUUCUAGAUUCGGUAGCAGAGACCCAGUCAGGACAUCGUUUGAUGCAUUCCCAGAGAAAGUAGCUAUUCAAUUGAAUGACACCCAUCCUGCCAUGGCAAUCCCAGAGCUGAUGCGCAUUUUCGUGGAUCUGGAAGGCUUGUCCUGGGAGAAAGCCUGGGAGGUGACAGUAAAGACUUGCGCCUACACCAACCACACUGUUCUGCCAGAGGCUCUGGAGAGGUGGCCAGUUUCCCUGCUAGAAAGACUCCUGCCUAGACACCUUGAGAUCAUGUACUACAUUAACCAUCUCUUCCUUGAGCAAGUGAAGAAGAAAUUCCCAGGAGAUGCUGACAGAUUAAGAAGGAUGUCAAUUGUAGAAGAUUAUGAUGAGAAGAAAAUCAACAUGGCACAUCUAGCUAUUAUAGGAGCUCAUGCUAUCAAUGGUGUGGCUGCCAUCCACUCAGAGAUUAUCAAGAGAGACACAUUCCACGACUUUUAUGAGAUGUACCCAGAACGUUUCCAGAACAAGACUAAUGGUAUCACACCAAGACGUUGGCUCCUGCUCUGUAACCCUGGUCUAUCUGAUGUCAUUGCUGAGAAAAUUGGAGAGACAUGGGUGACAGAUCUUUACCAAUUAAAAGAGUUGAAACAGUUUGACAGCAACGAAAACUUCCUGAGAGCCCUCAUCAAAGUCAAACAGGAGAACAAAAUGAAGCUGGCAGAGUACAUUAAACAGGAAUUCAAUAUUGAAGUGAACCCGUCCUCCAUGUUUGAUAUCCAAGUAAAGAGAAUCCACGAGUACAAGAGACAGCUGUUGAACUGUCUUCACAUCAUUACCCUAUACAACAGAAUCAAGAGAGAGCCAAACAAACCUGUCACACCAAGAACUGUCAUGAUCGGUGGAAAGGCUGCCCCAGGUUAUCACAUGGCCAAACUGAUCAUCAAGUUGAUCAACACUGUAGGCAAUGUGGUCAACAAUGACCCCAUAGUUGGGGACAAGUUGAAGGUCGUUUACUUGGAGAAUUAUCGUGUCUCUCUAGCAGAAAAGAUUAUGCCGGCAGCAGAUCUCAGUGAACAAAUUUCAACAGCUGGAACUGAGGCAUCAGGUACUGGAAACAUGAAGUUUCAGUUGAAUGGAGCCCUGACAAUAGGUACACUGGAUGGUGCCAAUGUUGAGAUGAGGGAAGAGAUGGGAGACGAGAAUAUCUUCAUCUUUGGUAUGACUGUAGAGGAAGUAGAGGCCCUCAAAAAGAAGGGAUACAAUGCCCAUGAUUAUUAUGAGAGGAAUGCUGAGGUUAGAAGUGUGUUAGAUCAAAUCAACAGUGGUUACUUCAACCCAGAAGAUCCUGGCAUGUUUAGAGAUAUCUACAACUCUUUAGUUUAUACUGACAGAUUCAUGUUGUUGGCUGAUUUUGAUGCUUAUAUUAAGUGUCAAGACCGUGUCAGUGAAGUAUUUAAGGAUCCUUUGCUAUGGUCAAAGAUGUGUCUUCACAAUAUUGCUUCAUCUGGCAAGUUUUCGAGUGACAGGACAAUAGCCGAAUAUGCACGUGACAUCUGGGGCACCGACCCGUCAGAAUUCAAGCUUCCAGCCCCACAUGAGAGCCCGCUGAACUAUGACGACUCUGAUGGUGUUGGACCAAAGAAAAAAUGAACAUGAUGCAAUCUAGUGACAUUUAAUGAAUUAUAACACAAACCAUAGACACAAAAGACAAUAGAAUAGUGCUGUUUUCUACUAAUUUAACUUUUGUUGUUACUGUGGAGGGUAGAAAUCUAUGGAAAAAACCAGAGUGCUAGUAGGGAAUUUUAAAAUAUUUGUAAAUAUUAUAUAAUUAAAUCAUGCUUUAUAUUCACUAGAAAAUCACACUUGUGCUAAUGAUUGAGGUUUUCAUCUUUGUUUCAACGUGUUUUGAUUUUCGCACUGCUACAUUGUUAUGUUAUGAGUUAUAUGCAAAAAAAGUUGAAGAAACAGUACAUUUGUGUAUGUAUGUAUAUAUAAUAUAUAGGUACAUAGAGAAAUUUCAUAUUUACUCAUGACUGUGUGAUAUUUAAAGGUUUAAAUAAAGAACAAAAUGUUUUUAUAUGCAUUUAAAUUCAAUAUUUUAAUUUGUACAUGGUUCGUACCAAUACAAACAGGUGAUUUAUUAUGAUUUGAUGGAAUAAAGAAUAACUGUUGAUUUUUUAUUAGCACUUUUUACACAUGAUUAUUAACUUUUCAGUAAAGGAAUAUCAAAACUUUGUUUUAGGACUUUUGACCUCAGAGUUGAAUGUAACAUAGGUCAAACACAUUCCGUUGUUUUGUUUAGAGGACAGAAAUACGUGACAAAACUGAUGUAUGUUUUUCAAGUAAUUCAAAGAGUAUGAAAACUGUACCCCCUAAUAUGGUAAUAUAAGUUAUAAACUGUUAAACCUGUAACCACGUACUUGUGCUUAAACCCAAAGACUGCUGGAAAAGGUAAGCCACUUUGCUACAGGUAAAGCAUCAGGCCAGCUCGCACAUCCAUGCAGUCCCACCAGGCCUAACAUAUAUAUACUGUUCGCUGACAAGGUUUAACUUACGAUUUCGAUUCGGACAAUGUUAGUAAUGAAUAUUUCUAUAAAUGAAUGUGGACAAGUCCAUUUAGCAAAUUCAGCUGGAUAAGGUUUUCAUACUAGAAAUUAUGAACAUACUAGAAACUAUCAACCAUUUGAAUGUCUGAUAUGAGUGAAAUAUAUGUCACUAUUCAUCUUGAUAAGCUUUAUACAUUGUGUGUUGAAACUUAAAACAUAGGCUUUAAAUAAUUUGUAUAAAAUAAGAUAUAUUAGGAUUUUUAAUUUGUUGAAUAAAGGACCUGGCUAUGCUACCAGAAUAGAUCUAGGUCAGCUCGUAAAUUUGUGCAGUCUGGUUAGAAUAUAUACUGUCGUCUGCUAAAUUUUAGUAAUAUAUUUUUACUGAAAUCCUUUAAACUGGUAAUGGACUGUUCCAAAUUUAGACAAGAUUAUUCCAUUAUAAAUAUGUAGUUGUGUAAGCCCUAUGGUUUGAAUUUUUUCGUCAUACAGCACAUCACUGAUGAAACGAUAUAAAAAUUAUAAGACAGUUUAUUAUAGUAUUACAAUGGAACCCAAAGUACCUAUAAUAAAUGAAAACCUGUACUUAAUAACUCCUGUAUUUAUUGAUACAUUAUAAUAUAAUAAUAACAGUUUCCAAUUUAAUAUAUAUAGGUUUUACUUAUGCUCUUCAAAAAUGCGUGAAGGUGAAUUGAUUUGUCAAGUCACGUAGUCUGAACUUUUCAUGAUUUACUGAAGAAAACUUUUUUCAAUAAAGUACAGAUAAUUAGCAAAGAUGUGACCUUAUGCAAAAAGAAAUCAUUGAACGUGAUUUUUAUCAUAUUUGAUCAUUUAUAAUAGUACACAAGGGAGGGCAAAAAGUACACAAUAGAGGGCACUGAAAGAUUUUUUUAAAAAAUCUGUUAUUUUGAACAAAUGUUAAAAAAACCCACUGUUUUAGAUUUGAACUUGUUUUAAAGAAAUAUGAUACAAAGAAGGUAGUUUAGAUACUUCAUAUCACUGCUUGAUAGUGUAUUAUAGUUGUCAUAGUAACACAGCAGUAUUUGUCAUCUUCAUUUUUAUGUCAUAGACAAACCACUUUUGUUAAACAGUAUUUGUCCGUAUUCUAGUUAUUAUAAAGGGUUUUAUAAUGACAAUGAUGAAAUCAAAGUACUCAUGAAGAUGUUGUAAAUAUAUAAAUUAUCGAGGCAUGCUCUGGUGGUAUGUAUUCUUAGUUGAUGCAACUUUUUGUCUGUAAAUUUUGCCAGUGAAGGGUCCCCAGUUUCAAAGUUUGCUGAAUUUUUGCUUUUCUUUAUUAAGUUUGUAAUAAGACAUAAUUUACUAAUACAGUGUACAGACAUAACAAUUGGAUAAUAACAUCUAGACAUAAUUUUCACAUACAGUCUCUAAACACAUAACUUUGUCAGAAAGAUUAGCCUAAUAUUCAAAUACAAACUAAAUGAGAGAGCUGAAUUAGAUCUCUGUAUUAUCUCAGGGCAAAUGGAGCACAUAUAUAUGUAUUAAAACACGUUUAUGGAAUUGAGAUAAGAAGAAAAGUAUGAGCACAUGUAUUGAACUUGAUCACAUACUUAACAGCUUUAACGACGUUAUACAUGUAUAUUUAAUGCAGAGCUUUAAGAAAGGCAGGAAAUAUUGCAAUCAUAACAAAUGUGAAAUCCUUACAUGUCUGGCAAAUAUGUUCUUUAUUUUUGUUUAAAGUAGAUACCAACUUAUUUUUGUUUAAUGUAGAUACCAACUUAACAUCGAGGUGAAUUGAGUAAAUUAUCUCUCAUUUAUAUCCUGAUUUUGGGUCUCAGUGACCGAGUGGGUAAGAUCACUGACUGUAAAUCAGUUGUCCCUCUUUGCUGUAGGUUUAAAUCUGGCCAGGGAUCGUUUUGUUACAUUAAGAAGCUAUUUAUCUUGAUUUAUAAUUGAAGGUCCUUGGUUCUACUUGGGGUCCAGCUGCCUAAAAUAAUCCACAGAGGGUCACCCAAGGUCUUCCUCUACCAGUAAAGCUGGAAAGGUUCCCUUUGACUUUUACAAUUUUGGUGCAUCUUAAAAUGAGACCCAAUAAAACAAAAGACGGAAUUUGUACAUUUAUUACUACAUAAACACGAAUAUUUAAUAUAUUUUUCUUGUGUUAUGAAGUGUCUGUGUGUGUGUAUGUUGCAUAAUUCUGUGUAAAGAUUAAUACAGUUUUAAUAUUACUAAUUAAUAAACCAAGUUUCACACUGGUUGUUGUUAAUUAUGUUUACAAUGUAUAUCAAUAGAAGAUAUAAUAUGAUAGUAUUACCUUAAAGAUGUUUUUCUACACUGAAUGUAAAUAAACAAAAUCUCUAGAUUGUUUGUACAGAUGGGUUUUUUGAACAUGAAAUAAUGCCAGCUUCUAAGUGCUAUAUUUUAUCUAUGUUGUCUGAAAUUUUGUUUUUCUUUAAAUUUUAAACAGUUUUUGACAUAAUUUAUCUUUCUAUUUUAUUUCUUUCUAUGAGUAUUGCAAGAGUUGUUUAAAUUUUACCAUUCAGAUAUUCAUCCUUACAUCUAGAUCUGUGAUUCUUUAAUGAACAGCAUUGUUUUAAAAAUAUCCUUUCUAUAUUUUAUAACAAAAAAAAGUUAUUUGUCCAAAACGUUUGGCUAAGUUUACUCUUGCAUACUGUACAUUUUAAUCAGCAAGGUGUAAAAUAAUUACAAGUAAUGAAAUGCUGCAAUAUAGUAUAACUUAUCUAGAAUGUCUUGUUCUUUAGUUUUCAUCGCCUUCUUAUCAUACUUCUUUUGCAAUAUUUUCUUCCUUAUGUUGUUUUUAAUUAAAUUUACAUUAAAUGAACUUUUGGCAGUGCCACAUGUUUUAAGUAAGUGAAAUUCAUAAAAAUUAAUUUUUGGAUAAAAAUCUUUUGUGUGAAAAAAAACAACAACAACAGCAUAGCAUCUAUCUAAGAUGUGCAGAUUUAAACUAUUAAUUGAUACAAGUUAAUUAAAUGCCAAAGAAAUGUGUAUGUAAAUGUGAUUCUAUCUCAGAAAUAUGUUUACUAAUGAAUAACUAUCAUAACUUGUUCAAAUAUCAAAGAAAUAUUUUUGCAACAAAUUAAUUUUACUUUACACUGUAUCAUAGGUGAGCACCAGCUUUCCCUUACCUCAACCUAAGAACAGGCACUCAAGUUCACAAUAGCACUAGUCUGUUAUUUCACAAAUUUGAUGAGGUAAAGGUGUAUUGAAACACAUAUAAAAAAAGAAUAAUACUGUCUAUUGUACCCUUUGCUGUUAUCAAGUCACUUGAAACAUUGGUUAGAUACAAAUGUACAUCAAGUGAUAUUUUGUUUUUGUUGUUAUAUUAGAUACAUUUUUUAGUGACUGGCUUUUGGUUUUUCGAUUGAAAGCUGGGUGUUUACUUACGGUAAAAUCACCAGUCUUUUGAUUUUCAUGUACCUGUUUUGUUAACAUAUUUGUAAUGGAACUUGUUUUUCUUUUUUUUCUAAGAUUUAUUUUAGAGCCCACUUGGGAUUGUUGUCUAUAUAUACUAAAUAAAUAUUCAAUACAUA